AUGGAACACACGUUAGAUCACCACCACAGUAAGGGGAAGGGGAAAUUACACGACAUGGCAACGGACGGGAACGGUGCUACCGCCACAACCGCGCAAGAAUUCCCUCUCCGUCGAAGAUCAAAACCGCCGCUUAAACCCGACGAGCCGGGGGAGGGGAGCGGGUCGAGGACGCCGCCUCCUGGGGAUGAGGAUGCCGAGGUGGUGGGUGGGGGGUCUGUUAGGUACAUUUCUGAUUUGGACGGGGAGGACAGCAGCGGGGUGGUUGAUGAGGGAGGGAAAGGAAGAAAAAGGGGGGGCGGGUUGAGGGAAAAGUUUAGAGAGUGGGGGAGGAGGUUGAGGUUGAUUUGUGGGAGGAGGGGGGGGAGGAGAAGAAGGAAAGGGGUUGAUAAAGGGAAGGGGAGGAUGGUGGCGACAGAGGGGGAGGGGGAUCAAGAGGGGGAUGGGGUGGUGGGGGUGGUGGUAGUGGGGGGGCGGGAUGAAGAAGGAGAGGAAGAGGAAGAGGAAGAAGAAGGGAUGUAUAACACGUUGCCGCGGCCGCUGUCGUCGAAUCCGGUCAACGGGUUGGGUGAGACGCACCCUGCUCUGAGGCCGGGGGUGCCGGGGGAGGGGGUUGACUUUUUUGAUAACCCUCCUCCAAAUACACAGGAUCAACAGCUGGCGACGGUGAGAGAGGUGAUGGGGUCAGGGCCGAGGAGGUUUGCUCCCGCUCCUGUUGUUAUGACGACGACGACGACGCCUGCUUUACCGCGACUACAUGAUCCCUCCUCCUCUAUCUCGCAACAUGGUGGGUUUGAUCAUCACCGACAACAACACCAACACCAACCGGUAAUCAUCCACUCGCCGCACCCCAUCGCCGACACGUAUACCCACGAGGAGGAUUGGGCGCGUGUUCACCAGGCCAAGGCGAGUCAGCACCUUGCUCCACGACCGUUGUUGUCACAGCAUCAGCAGCAAACAAUCAUGAUACCGGAACGGCACUCGAGCAAGUGGAGAGUGAGGAGUUUUUACUCUGGUAGUUUUAGGACCCGGUCGCAGUGCGGGAGCUUUGACAGCAGGAUGAGCUGGAACCCGUUUGAUUUGCCGGGGCCACCGAAGAGGACGCUGAUGAGCGAUAUGGAGAGUUUGUUGGGCGGGAGGGGGGGGGGUGUUGGGGGGAGGAGGUCGCAGGGGAGUUGUAGUAUGGGGCAGAGGCAGGGGGGCAGUAGUUUUCCUUGGCCACCGACUAAUUCGGUGAAGACGGGGAGGAGCAGUACGAUUGAGCAGCCUGAUUCGGCGGUUGGUGGGGUGGGGUUGAGGGGGGAUGAUGAGGAUGGGUUUAUGCGCGGUGAUGCUGCGAACAAGACUGUUGUCUCGUCUCACACGCCAACCCCGAUGUCUGUUCGGAGUCCCCCGACGACGACAAAGACUACGCUCGGGAGGGAUCCGUCAAGGAAAACGGAUGGGUCUAAUAUUGGGAUGACGUCGUGGAGUGGGACGGGGAGCGAGACGGUGAAUGACGCGGUGCUUGGUGGACUGGGAGAGCAGAGGAGAAAGAGUGGUGGGGCGGGGAGGUGA